AUGGCGUCUUCUGGGGCGCCGUCGCAGUUUUCGCGGCUGCUGCGGCAGUCGCGGGUUGCCUCGUUUGACCCGACGAUCCCGCAGGUGUACUCGACGCCGCCUGCGUAUGCAGCGCGGGGCGACUGGGGACUGAAGCGACCGCUGCCGUCCAACACGGCGGGCUCGACCGCCUCGAUGCCCGGCAGCUCGUCGAACGAAGGCUCUGGGGCGCUGCGGUACCUCGAGGUGCAGCAGAUCGACACGCCCGAGGGCCAGACGACGUGGAAGGAGCGCGAACGGGAGACGCUCUUUGUCAAGCGCUGGGCCGAGGCGGAUGCGCGGCUCGAUGUGGAAAAGGACCAGGUGUACUCGAGCUACACGGCGGGCAUGUUUGGGCCGCGACCGCAGACGCGCUACCUGACGUCGAGCGAGCGGUACCUUCCGGCCGACGUUCCGGGGCCCAUCGCUGCGCCCGCCGACGAGAGCAAGGCGGACCGCGAGGCCCGACUGUUCAACAACCGGUGGCGCGCCAUGCAAAAGCACCACGCCGAGCGCGGCGCGGCCGACCCGAGCUACCGCAACCUCGACUUUAUGGGCGAGCAGUCGCACUCGCCGGCCUUUGGCUUCGACGCCGACAAGUUCACCACGCGCCCGCGGAUGAUGAUCAACUACAACGCACUGAGCGACAAGCACUUUGAACGGUACAUUGAGCAGGUGCGCGGCCAGCGCGGCCAGUGGAAGGCGCACUUUGGCGGCCGGGAGCGCAGCCGGCUGCUGGGCCUGAUCCGCAAGCGCCAGGAGCGGGCGUACAACGCGGCGCUCGAGGUGCAGCGCGACGCCGAGAGGCGCGGCGCCACAAAGCAGCCGCUGCCCGAAAUCGAUCCCGAGGCGGCGCUGGCCAGGAUGACGCCCGUCGAGCUCGACAUGCUCGAGCAGUCGCGCGACGGCGACGCCACCCGCGACGCCUUCCGCAUGCUCGAGGAGCGCACCAUCGACGCCACGACGCGCCCGCAAAACGAGCGGCUGCCCGGCUCGUCGCAGCCCACGACGCUCCACCCGCACGCCGGCCUGCAGUACUCGCAGCCGGACCCCAUCUUUGCCAACGUCCUCGCCGAGCCGCUGCCCGGCCGCGUCAUGCACGAGGUCCAGCACAAGCAGCACGCCGGCUCGCGCGACUACAAGACGAGCAACAAGCUGCCCCUCGGACGCUCCGUCCUCGUCGGCGGCCACGUCGCCUACCUGCCCGCCCCCGUCCGCGCCCAGGCGCCCCCCACCAUCGACUGGAGCCGUCAGGACCCCAAGCAGGGCACCGCCCUCUUCCGCAUCGUAAAGGCCCACCGCACCUCCCAAUUCGGUCUCGGCGGCGGCGCCCACCGCGACAUGAUCACGCUCCGCUCCGACCUCGGCUACGUCUACACCGACGUCGAGGUCGUCAAGCGCAACAUUGACGCGCCGCGCACCAUGACCGACGCCCCCAUCGGAUCGCCCGACUACAUUGGCAAGUCGGCCGACGACCCCGCCAAGCCCGUCCGCCGCGCCGUCGGCAGCGGCAUCGGACCCAUCGACCCCGCCAGGAGGCCACACAUCCCGCUCAACAUCUUUUCCCCCAACGGGGAGAGGAGGAACCAGCGCAAGGGCGCCCGCCUCUCGGGCCGCCUCGCCAAGCAGGCCGCCGGCCGCGCAAAGGGCCCCGACGCCGACAGCGAGGCGCAGCUCCUCGACAGCCUCACAAAGAUGGCCGACGCCGCCGCGGACCCUGCCAGCAAGCCCCCGCGCCGUUAG